GUACAUAUGCACAACACAGCGAGACUGAGGUGCAGAAGACUGUUUGGCAAAAACGAUCUGACCUCCGGGUUCACUCUGCUGUCAGCACAUCACAUAACAACACUUGAACGGACCCGUAACGUGGUUGGUAACCGAGUCGAGGCUAGCAGGCCACACCAGCUUCUCGGGUUGUGCUUUACCGGGCUGUGCAGACAUUAGCAAGUGAUGAGCAAGGGCCUGUUUCUUCUGGAUGCCCCGCUAAGGUUACCGACAGGGCACGCUUAACGCUUAACUUAAAAACACCUGUUUUCCGCCUGUGAACCCUCGGACAGCACCGCAAGGACCCGGGCUCUGUCGUUUGUUUGGACAGACACUUCAUGCUAGCUCCGCCCCAGGUGGACACACUAGCUAGCUAGCUAACGCUCAGCGUGCAAGUUCAUUUAAGACAACAGCAGCAGCAGCACCUCUAGUCUGUCUGUGCGAUGGGUCUGCUGUCACAGGGCUCUCCAACGAACUGGGAGGAAACCAAGAAGUAUGCCGACUACAUCAGAAAGCACGGUAUUAUUCAGUUUCUCAACAUCUACAACAAGUUGAAGGAGCGACAGAAAGAUGUGUUGAAAUGGGGCGAUGAGGUUGAGUACAUGUUGGUUGAAUUGGACGACAAAGAUGAGAAGGUUCGACUCGUACUGACUGGCGGAGAUCAUUUGGAAACCCUCCAAGAACAAGGCGAAAAUAUAAACCCCAACCACCCCACUCUUUGGAGACCGGAGUAUGGCAGCUACAUGAUCGAAGGAACUCCAGGGCAGCCGUACGGAGGGACCAUGUCGGAGUUCAACACCGUGGAGGGCAACAUGGGGAAGAGGCGACGAGAGGCCUCUUCUGUGCUCAACCAGAACGAAACGCUCUGCACCAUCACCUCAUUCCCAAGGUUAGGUUGCCCAGGUUUCACUAAGCCAGAGUACCAGCCGACCCCCGUGGAGAAGGGCGUGUCCAAGUCCCUAUUUUUCCCAGACGAGGCCAUCAACAGACACCCGAGAUUCAGCGCUCUUACCAGAAACAUACGUCACAGAAGGGGAGAGAAAGUUGCAAUCAAUGUGCCAAUCUUCAAAGACAAGUGCACUCCAUCUCCAUUCGUGGAGGAGUUCCCUGAGGACGAUGGCGAGGCAGCGCGGUCGGCUCUGCCUGACCAUAUAUACAUGGACGCCAUGGGCUUCGGCAUGGGCAACUGCUGCCUGCAGGUGACAUUCCAAGCUUGUAGCAUUGAUGAGGCGAGAUACCUUUAUGACCAACUAGCAACGUUCUGCCCCAUAGUGAUGGCGUUGAGUGCGGCUUCGCCCUUCUACCGGGGUUUUGUGUCGGAUAACGAUUGUCGCUGGGGAGUUAUUUCUGCCUCGGUGGACGACAGGACACGGGAGGAGCGCGGACUCGUGCCUUUGAAAAACAACAAAUACAGGAUCUUCAAGUCGAGAUACGAUUCAAUAGACAGCUACCUGUCCAGCUGCGGUGAGAAGUACAAUGACAUCGAUCUGACAAUAGAUGAGGAGAUCCAGAAGCAGCUGCUGGACGCAGGAAUCGACAAACUGCUAGCCCAACACAUAGCACACCUCUUCAUCCGAGAUCCAAUCUACGUCCUGCAGGAGAAAAUCCACCUAGAUGACGAAAACGAAUCUGAUCACUUUGAGAGCCUGCAGUCGACUAACUGGCAGACGAUGAGGUUCAAACCUCCACCUCCCAACUCCGACAUUGGCUGGAGAGUCGAGUUUCGUCCCAUGGAGGUGCAGCUCACUGACUUUGAAAACGCUGCAUAUGUGGUCUUCGUCGUCCUGCUCACCAGAGUGAUCUUGUCCUAUAAACUUGACUUUCUGAUCCCUCUGUCAAAGGUCGAUGAAAACAUGAAGGUAGCACAGAAGAGAAACUCAGUCCAUGAGGGCAUGUUCUAUUUCCGAAAGGACAUCUUCAAAGGCUGCAACCCGGGCCUUGAUGGCGCUGCCACGGCUGAGAAUGGCCUGGACUCUGAUUGUGAGAACGAGGAGUACACACUGAUGAGCAUCGACACCAUCAUCAACGGAAAGGAGGGAGUAUUUCAAGGGCUUAUCCCCAUCCUUAACUGCUACCUGGAAAACAUGGAAGUGGAUGUGGACACCAGGUGCACCAUAUUAAACUAUCUGAAGCUCAUCAAGAAGCGUGCCUCAGGCGAGCUGAUGACCAUGGCCAAGUGGAUGAGGGAAUUUGUUGCCAAGCAUCCACAGUAUAAGCAGGACAGCGUCCUCACUGACAAGAUUAACUACGACCUGUUCAAGAAGUGUGACAAGAUAGCAAAAGGGGAGGAGCAGUGCCCGGAGCUCAUUGGAAACCCAGUGAACAGGUUCAAAUGAGAGGCUGCAGAAAUUCACCGUCAAUAUUCAAAUUUGCAUGUAAAGGAAGACCAAAUGUGUGGCUCAUGACAGCGGUCCAAUUUUAACAGAAUGCAAAACUGCAUGUGUGUGUUGUGAAAAAACACCUGCAUCAAAUGUUUGUAUAUACUGUAUCAGAUUGUUAUGAUUACAGAAUUAUUUUAAUAGGGUUAAGACAUGCUUACGGUUGUGUAAUAGAAAUCAGAUGUGUAUUUAUUUUUCUCUGGAAAUUAAGUCUAUCUGUGUGUGAGAAUGUAAAUGUAGCUAAGAGUUUUAACCUUGAGUUCUAUAAAUACUGUAUUUCCUCUCUUUAAAAAAUCAACAUCAUGGGCCUUUUUUAAAAUUCUAGAUUGGAGCUUUCUUUGCAUUUGGUAGAGGUUUUUUUUCAUUCUCAGAGAAAUGUUUGCUUUGCUCUGCUGACGUUGUAAUGGGACCUUGAAAGAAGUGAAGCAUUGUUUGAAAUGUGAUGCUGCUUUAAAAUAAAUCUGCACAAGAUUGAA